AGACGGCCCAAGAGAGCCCCAUGACGGUCCACGAGUCGCCCAAGACGGCCCAAGAUGAAAAACCCAAAACUGACAUGUCGAGCCCUCCGCCACAGGUGGGCCCCCGAAGCCGCCAGCAGGCCCCCAAGAAGUCCCGAAGGGCCCCCAAAAGAGGUUCUCAGCUCAAGCCAUCUUAGCUAAAGUCAUUUUGGCACCAGCGUUUUUUCGGCUUGCGGCGUACAGGCCGCUCGCGGGGCUCUGGCACCGAGAACACUGCGGCCCACCGCACAGGCGGCUGGACUCGGCCCGGGGACCAUGACGAACCUGACCGGAGCCUCCGCCGGUCGGCCGGUGACGGGAGGCGACGACGCGAAGCGCUGGGAGUUCGCCAAGGAGGACUAUGUUCACAGGGUGCCCGAGGGAGACGUCCGCCCGUCGCGGCACUUCAGCAACCUGCUGUUCAGCGGCGACCUGCUGAGCACGGCGAUAGAGCUGGCGCUCCUGGUGGGCCUGACCUCUGCAGCGGUCCUGUUGCCAGUGGACACCGUCAACGUGAAGGGCAGCAUGCCACUCUUGGAGGUGGCGGGGUUCUUUUGGUGCACGAGCAUCGUGACGAGGGUUUACAAUUCGUACCUUGAGGCGUGCUACUUUGCUUUCCCGCAGUACCGCACACAGCCGCCGAGCGAUCACGCGCUGGUUGACCGCAAAGACUUGUGUGGCCGUGACAGAGUCCAGCUGGCGCGGCUGGUGCUGCACGAUAGGAUGACGAUGUUGAGCCAGUUCGCCUUCGGCGUGCUCGUGUACUACUGCCUGCCGGGCUACUACCCCGCGGCGGAGGAUGUGAAGGACAGUCUCCCCGUCAGGGUCGCGAAGCUCGCUCUGAACCACUACAUCAUGUCCUUCGGCAUGUACUGGGGCCAUCGAGCUUACCACGUCAACCCCUGGCUCUGGAGGAACCUGCACUCGGUCCACCACUGGGCCCGGCACCCGCUGUCGCGGAACACGUAUCAGGACCACUGGCUGGAGAAUUUUGUCAAUCAUGUUGCUGGGCACUUCGCCGCACAGGUCCUCUGCCCCAUCGACCACGGGUGCUUCUGGGUCUCGCACGUGUUUCGCAUCCUGGAGAGCUUGGAGAAGCAUUCUGGCAUAAGCUGCUACCUGAACCUUGCGCACCAGACACAGCGCUGGCUGCCCUACGCACAGAUGCCACAUCACCACGACUGGCACCAUGAGGGGCACAAGUCGUGCAAUUACACGUUCUCUGCGCUCGGUGGCGUGUGGGAUUGCAUCUUUGGCACGCGCAAGAUCGGUCGUUGUGAGGCAGCGCCAGGCCAGAUGACACCACACGAUCGUUCUCUUGCGGCUUCCAAAGCCCGUGGCGUCAAGAUGCCGUUGCUUGACGAUCCGAACAUGUGCCUCGUGCCGUCUACCCUGUUCAUGUUGACCGUGAUGUGGAAGUUGAGCAGCGGUGGACAGUGAGUGAGCGCGUAAUCAAGCCAGGAAUGCCACAUCGAAAUUCCUAUAAAUCAAAUUUUAAGACGUUUAACCAAUUUUACAACAGUGCCGCUCAGCGUUUCGUUCCGUGGAUCAGGCUGAGCAUGCGAAUCCGCCACGAGAACUUGGCAAGGGCGGUUCGCGAUACGCCAAGAUUUUCUUUGCAUGUAUCCCGCCAACCUUUUCCAGCCGGCCAAAUUCCACCAACUGGUUCGCCGGUAAUUGCCAGGACGAACAGAGGUAGUGCACCCAGAGAGAGCGGUUAUUCUCUUUGCGCCGUCAACGCACGGGAUUUUUUAGCGCGUCUCUGUACUCACAGUGUCCUAAAGACCGUGGCCCAUACAGCAGCGUUGAUUGAAGAAGAAAUGAGUAAACAA